UCCUAAUAUUCCUAAUCAUCACCAUCAUCACUCAUCAUUAUCUCCUCAGUCCAAUACUUAAAUCCAAUCUCUAUCAACAAGCACCAUGAAGUUCUCAAGCUCUAUGAUCUUGGCUUCCGCCAUCGCCGUUGAAGGUAUACCAACUUCUAUUCAAGCAAAUCCGCGUGGAUGCUAAUCGAAUGACAGGAUUUACCUUCGAUCGUCUCAACAAGAGCGACGCUGCUCUUCUUGUGAUCGAUCACCAAAUUGGACUCUCUCAACUUGUGAGAGAUUAUGAUCCAACCGUCUUCAGACAAUCACUCCUUGGGCAUGCAGCUCUUGGAAAUCUUUUCGAUCUUCCAACCGUCUUGACCACUUCAGCUGAGCAAGGUCCAAACAGUAAUCUUCCUGAGGAAAUAAUUGCCGUGAGUACCAAAUCUUGAGGAAUGAGGAAUAAUGCUUACGAUAAUAGAUGCAUCCAACUGCUCCUUACAUCAAACGUCAAGGAGAAGUCAACGCAUGGGAUAAUGCUGAUUUCCGUGCCGCUGUUGAAGCGACUGGCAAGAAACAGUUGAUCAUUGGUGGUAUUGUUACUGAAGUCUGUGAGUUUGGGCCUCCCUACGGAACUACAUUCCGAAUCUUGGUACUGAUGCAAAUCAAUAGGUACUGCUUUCCUCGCACUCUCGCUUGUUGAGGCAGGCUAUGAUGUCUGGGCCAACACCGAAGCAAGUGGUACUUUCAGUGAUAAAUUAGCUUCGGAUGCCAACCGACGCAUGGAGCAAGCUGGUGUUCAUCUCAUGGGAUUGUUUGGCAUGACUAUGGAUUUGAUGAGAGACUGGUAAGUCACCUGUUUUCAGAUGUAAAAAUGGCUGCUGACUGUGGAAUAGGAGAAACACCCCUGGUAGCGCAGAAGUUCUUCCAUACCUUGACAAGUAAGUUCCCAAAUGAUCAGCUCAACGAUGACACUAACAGGUUUAUAGAUACUUGGUCCCAUAUUCCUUGGUUGCCCGUGCUCAUGGUUAUGCUAUCGGAAAUGGUACAAUUCAGCCAGGAGAAGCCCAAAUCCUUCUCUAAUCAUGAAAAUCCAAAACUCAGAGUUGUGUUAUCCAGCUGUUCAAGACAAUUCACCCCGCUGAUUUAUUUUCCCUUGUUCGCACGAAGGAAAAUGUCCUCAGGCACAUGACCUGCAUCAGCUCUACCAUAAAUUUUUAGACCUCC